UGAAGUGAAUAUUUAGGUCGUGAUCGCAGCCACGAAAUUUCAAUCAUGAGACAGUUGCUUAGUUACUCUCCAUUAUUCACCGUCAACAGAUAGCACGUGAAUAAAACAAGCAUACUAUAACCGCAAAAAUUCAGAGUUAAAAGUAUAGUGUUAAAAUCAACAUAAUGAGUGUGUCAGAAAGGGUCCAUUAGUAUUUGUGUUAUUUUUUAACACAGUUUAUGGGUGUUGGAUUGUAACUCAAAAUUUGUGUUUUAAUUUCGACACCAAAGUUAGAUAACUUGAAAGAUCAUGUGGAUACUAAAAUGCCUCCUACUACAGUGGCUUAUUGAAGGCGCAGUAGCAGAGUUCCUGACCAUAUCACCAAACAGAUUCAAUCCAGGAUUAACAUUCGAUAAAUUCAAACAAAUACAUCUGAUGGAACGUGAAUAGAAAGUAAUAUCAGCAAUCGACGUGGGCGCCCUGGUCAACCUAGCCUCACACCGAAUGGAAGAUAACAUAGAAACCAUGGUCACUUGUAUGAAAUAUUUGUCCAGUCAAGAAUGCCUGGCAUACAUGAAAUACGAGACCUUGUCUCAAUUAAGCCAAGAUGAAAUAGAUAUUGUCAACAGAUUGAAACAAAAUCUCGAAAGUACAAAAAUUUCACAAGUAGAUCAGCGAAUGACCAGGGCUCCGUGGUUUGGGUUCAUCGGCAAGGCAGCAAGAGAAGUUUUUGAUCUCAUGGAUAUGGACGAUCAAGAACAUAUCUCAAAGGAAAUAGAUAGAUUGUUUAAAGAUCAAGCAGAAAUAACACACUUAAUACGCGAGAACACGCAUAUAAUCAAAGCGGAGAUAAACAGAAUCCUGUCACAUCAAAAUAUCAGAGGUAUCAUAAGAAGCGUACUGGUUCGACCAAGAACAAAAUUUUUGGCAGUCGACUCAGGGACAGAUCAUUACUCCUUUGCUGAAGAAGAUUUCAUAAAAUCCUGCAAGGGAAUAGCAGACGAGUUGACAUGCCGACCCGACCUGGCCAUCCACAAAAUUGGCGAUACUUUGGACUGUGAACCACGCUUAUUCACGAGACCUUCGUUAAACGUCAUGGAAUCAUGCGACGUGAGAAUAUUCCCGACCUGCGAAACUCAGUUCGUCAAACUGCACCAGGCUAACACCUGGCUAUACUCAAUCUGCGAACAAGAGAAAAUGACUUUGAAAUGCGGGCGAAACAUCCGGCUAGAAUACACACUGAACAGCUCUGGGUUGUUGUCCUUAAGCCCAGGAUGCUCACUAGAGAAUAAAUUCUUAUACAUCAAAAGAGUAGAAGAGGAAAUUACAAGAAGCAUCAACGCCAGCUUCCCAAAAAUAAAUUGGCAGAAACACAACGACGGGUUCACAACAGAUGAUAACGCGGCAAAUAUCUCCACGGUGAUCGAAAAACUACAGAUGGACGAAUCGAGCUUACAAUCGCAAUGGGGGGACAGCUUAAAAGGUAGCAUCUACCGUAUAAAAGGAAUCAGGAUGCAUAGAUAAGAAGAAUCUACACACAGAGCAGUCACAGCCACAAACACAAGAUUAAUAAUUCUACUUACACUAUUGUGUUUGGGCAUGGUAAUCCACACCUGUAGGCAAUACCGCCUUUUUAAUUUUAAACCUUGGCAAAAAUCAUGGCAAAACUCCAACGUACAUAAAAUCUGCAAGAAAAACCAAAAUGAGAAACACAAUCUGGGAGAAGAUAAUAUUGGGUUCGAACUUACCUCCACGAUCGUUGAACCUCCGCCAGAAUUUAAAGAUGACUCCAAUUUCUCAAAAAAAAGCGGUGCAUCGCUCUCGACCAGCUACGAAGCGAGCGUUGGGACUCAGACAAAUGCACCGCUCACACAGGCUUCUCCUAUUCCAGUAGCACGAACAAACGAACAGAGCCUGGAAAAUCAGCAACAAAAAAGGGUGACGUUCUCGACCGAUUAUAAACUCGGAAUACAGACGUCUUCACAACGAACAACACUGCCACGUACACCGCAGAAGAGAGGUAUCCACCUGGCUGCUUAUGAAAUCUAGAUAAAUAUCACAGACAAACAAACAGCAGGAGCAUAACGAAUAAUAAUAAUGAAUACUAGUAAUAGUAAAAAUAAUAACUCCCGAGCCCUGAUCUUAAUAUUAUAGCUGCCAUCAGGUAGUAUAAAAUGAAAAGACGAGAGCCUCGGGAAUCAAAAAUAAAAUUUCAAAUUUCUUCAAUAAACGUUUUUAUAAUUGUUUUUCUCUUUCAAAAAAGAAAAAAAAAAAAAGAGAAAUAGAGAAAUACAAAAGAAAAAUUUACGUCAAGAAAAAAAACUUUUUUUAAUUGUAAGAAAAAAAAAUUAAUAAUAAUAAAUCAAGAGAAGGUGACACGCCCAAUUAAUUAAUUAAUGUAACGGGGCCAUUAAGCCCACCUCCGUUUAACGGGAGGCCGAUACCUCGCCCUUUUGGGCAUACUCGCGCUGUGAAAUCCCUAUUGUAUAUACUGAAUCCACCAUAUAUUAGAAUAGCGAAAUAUGAGCAUAAGCUUACAUUAACUUACCCAUUAAGGCAUGCAUUGCAUGUGGGUGUCUUACCUACAGCCACCACGAGACCGACCUCAUUCGGACCCAAACACUCCGCUCAUCUCAGGAAAUAGAGAGACUCUGGUCGAAGUGGGGCUUGGAAUGGAUCCCCCAUGGUACCAGACUUCAGCUCUAGUAAACUGCUUGCUUAGGAUUAGUGGUGGGGUGCGCAAGUUCUUCCCCAACCCAUAAGGGCUACCUCCACUUAGGAAUAUAAUCACCAAGAUUUCGAACAUGCCAUUAUACAAACUUGCCCUCAUCCAUCACCGAGUGAUCUCUAAUCUACGAGUUUUGUGGACGCCAUGAUGUUUUAAUACCCAAAAUGGCGGAGGUUCGUCCACUCGGAAGGUGACACGCCCAGUGAAAAAUAGGCGGUUAAUGUAAAAUACUCCACACUCUUGGAAGACAAGGCUGGUGGUUCGUAGGGGCUUCAAAUCGGACAACCGCCAAAUGAAAAAUUCGGCAGCACUGGACUGAAGUCGACCAUUGAUAAACCGGAAAGCGCGUUUUCGGAAAGUCCGUUUCCAAAACGGAACUAUCUUCAAUAAUAAGUCCAGCGGACAAGUGUUGACGGUGUCGUCAAAUCCUUCUUCGGAACAACGAAGAAGACAUUAAAAAAAAAAAAAAAAAAAACAAAUUUAAAAAAAAAAAAAAAAUUUGUUAAAUUUUUCAAAUAAAAAUUAAAAUAAUUCGUAAAAAUUUUUUCAAAGAUAAAUCAAAGGCCGUGAGACGAUAAGUAUACCGAAUCGGCCCCAGAUAGG